UGCAGAUGUCUCAUCCAGAGCUGAUGAGGCAGUGGAGAAGACCAGCAGAGGCUGAGCUGCCCCUUCCCUGGGCUGUGUGCUCAUCCCCAAUCCCUUCUCCUCUUCCUGUCUUGGAAACCAUCUCCAAGGCAACCUCAAGCCUCCAGGCUCUGCCUCGGAGCUGCUCAGCCGUCCCCAGGACCUGCCUGGGCAGGAUGAAGCUCCUGGCUGUGUUGCUGGCUGCCAGCCUGCUCAGCACCACUGCCCACGGUGCCCAGGCCCCCCAGCAGGACAAACCACCUCAGACCUGCCUCUUCCAGCCCCUCAGCAGCGAGGACAGCAAGUUCUGCAGGGGUGAUUUGGAAGUGGUCUACCCCGAGCUGGGUGACGUGGGCUGCACCUACAUCCCCCAGUGCCACCAGUACCGGCGGCAGAUCAGCAGGGCCUGGGGCGCCCCCCGCGUUCGCUACCCCCGGGCUGAGCAGGACAAGAAGUACCUCCUGGUGCUGGUGGACCCCGAUGCUCCCAGCAGAGCCAACCCUAGGAACCGCUUCUGGAGGCACUGGCUGCUCUCUGACAUCCCAGGUGCAGACCUGAGGAGUGGGGACAUCAAAGGGCAAGUGCUGACAGCUUACGGCAGGCCCUCGCCCCCGCCCCGCAGCGGCUACCAUCGCUACCAGCUGCUCCUGUACCAGCAGCCGGCGCAGGAGGCCAUCGCCCUCAGCCCCAGGGAGCAGGGCUCAAGGGGUGCCUGGCCCAUGGAGAGCUUCGUGGAGAGGUUCCAGCUGGGUUCCCCAGUGGCCUCAACUCAGUUCCUCACCAAACACUAUGAGGAUUAGAGCAUCGUGCCCUGCCCCUGCCUGGCUUCCCCCUCCUCCCUACACCACAGAACCACCUUCAUCCCAGCCAGGAGGAGACCCUGGGACCCACCAAGGGUGAACCAACCAGCCCAGGUUCCCAGGACAAACCCCAGCUCCUCCACUCCCAAAACCUGGGGGGAGGGGAGGGAGUUUCUCUUUCCCUUCUGAGCAGUGUCCCCCUGGCUGUCCCAGCAAGGAUGGCAUCACCUUCUUCUCCUCCCCCCAUCCCAUUUCUGGCCUGACCCCCAGCCUGUCCCACCUGCACCCUGAGGACCUUGAGCUUUAACCCCUUCAGCUUUCAGAAUAAACCAUGGAUGGAGCACAAGGGCUGCAGGGGCUCCUUGCCAGCAGUGAGCACAGGGCGAAACUGAGCCAGCUCUGGGUGAAGCUGGUUGCUUUGGGCCCCAUGCCAGCUGCAUGGCAUGGAGCAGACCUCCUGUCCUGAGGAGGGGGUGGGGAGAGGGGUGGUGCCAGCAAGACCCUCAAUC